CCCGACGCCGAUUCUUCACGGAACUGUUCUCCAUGCUUGUUGGCGUCGGGCUUUCAAGGCUCGUUGUUGUCGCACCGGAAUCAGAGCGUCGAAGGCCGUAAGAGUGGUAGCCCUGACGCCAUCGUCACUGCCAUCGCCCUCCCGCCCCCCUCGGACGUUUGCUCCUCUUCAUACCCGCUCAUUUCCCUUUCCCUGUUCGUGGAAGUAAGAAGAGCGAGAUCCGUGGCCUUUGUGAAGUGCUCCUAGGUUAGGGUCACUCUUCCACUUGGAUUUAAUUUCAUUGUUGCCGAUUCGUAGCUGGAGAGUUUCGGGCCAUGCGGAAGGAGAGCAGUUGCUUGCGGAAAGCCGCAAUUGGAAGGCGAAUGUUUCUGUUCAACCUAAUGUUAAUGGAGAGUCAGGAAUAGCGAAGCAUGGACCUGAUAGGUGCUUGCGACUAAUUCAUAAUUGGCUGUAGGCGGGAUCGUGAGAGAAGAGGGUGCUGGUGGGGGUGAUCCUUAGGUGGAACUUGCGGCUGCUAAGCUGGUGUUCGGUGGCGGAUCUUCUGUUCCUUCUUUUACAGUCUAUCUGAGGAGGUGAUGGCGGCCCCUGGUGGGCAAGUCCAGGCGGCUGUCGCUGCCGCUCCAGGGCAAGCAGCUCAGAGGACAGAUAUGGCCCCGGUAUUGCAGCAGCUAAAUUUGGCAUCGUUGCGGACACGCACGCAAGACUUGCACAAUGCUAUAUCCCGCAUCUUGCACUCAUUUCACACCCUUCCCGCUUUGAAAUGGUCUGAGGUAUUGGGGCAAUUUGCUAUGGUAAACGUUGAGUUGCUGAAUUUGGUGGAGGAUAUUAAACCCAUUCUGAAAGCGUUUGUGGUUUAUCCAAAAAACGUUAAUGCAGAGAAUGCGACAAUUCUGCCCAUCAUGCUUUCCUCGAAGCUACUGCCGGAGAUGGAGUCUGAGGAAGCAGUUCUUAAAGAUAAAUUGUUAGCAGGCAUGUCCAACUUGCCUGUUCAAAUGCAGACUGAAAAGAUCCAGAGGCAAAUUGAGUUAGUCCGAUCAGUGUGCGAUGGUGCUGAGAAAGUGCUUGGAGAAGCUCGUAAGGUGUACGGGCUGAGCUCUCGGCAAGGCCCCGUGGCUCUUGCUACUGUUGACAAGAAUCAUGCAGCGCGAAUCGCAGAACAAGAAAAUCUUCUUCGUGCUGCCUCUAAUUCUGGAGACGGUCUUCGAAUUUCACCCGACCAACAGCAAGCACCGGCAAUGUUGCCACCACAUUUGUCAUCUGCUUUAGGAACGUCUGCAAUUGACACAGGUUCCAGUUUUCCAAGGGGUUCAUCAUCUGCCCUACCACCCAGUGGGCUUUUACGCCCAGCAGCACCCCAACAGCAGAUCAAUUCUUCUCAAGUUCUACCUCGUUCAAAUAUUGGAGUCUCUAUGCAAGCCCUUGGGGGAGCUGUUUCUCUUCCUGGUGGAACAGCCGCCACAACCAUUCCCUACGUCAAUUCCCCUAGGUCUUCAACAGCAAAUUUCAACGUUCCAUCCCCUCAGCAACUUCAAAACCAGCAACAGCAACAAGCUAUUAUAAGGCAACAGAGGAUCCAGCAGCUGCAAAAGCAGCAGCAACAGGCACUGCAGGCCCAACAGGGUCAGCAACUUCGCCGUCCAGGCACACCUCCAAUUCCUCAGACUCAGACAACUCUUCAACCACAAGGACAGCAUUCACUCCAGCUUCAGCAAGCCAAAUUACAGCAGCAGAAUCAGUUGCAGCAACAGCUUCAGCAGCAGCAGCAGCAGCAGCAACAGCACUACCAGGCUCAGCAGGACAAACAUUCCCUGCUGCAGUUGCAAGCACAACAACAGCAACAGCAACAACAGAGUCUUCAACAGCAGCAUGCGCUGCAACAUCAGCUUCAGACUACUCAAUUACAUGCUGCUCAGCAAAACACACUAGCACAGGGUAACCAGGGACGCUCUCAGUUGAACCAACUGGGCAUGAACAAUAUGUAUGGGAAUAAUCAGUCUUCUCUAUUACCCCCAGCUAUGUCUGGGCAAUCGCAAGCAUUUUUGCAGCAACGUUAUGCACUUCCAGGAAAUGCUUCACAAUUGUACAACAUGGGCAAUAGUAUGGGUAACACUCUAGGCGGCAAUUUGGGCAACCCGCUAGGUAGCGGCAUGGGCAACCCUCUAGGCAACAAUUUGGCUAACGCAAUGGGCAACACUUUGGGCAACAGCAUGGGUGGCUCUCUUGGAAAUUCUAUUGGAAACAUGGGUAUGGCAGGAACUGUAGCUCAGGGCACCUCAACUUUGGCCUUGCCAUUGCAACAGCAGCUGGCCGGGCAGGCAAAUUAUAGUGGUCUGCUCAAUGCAAACCAAAUGAAUGCCUUUGGGCAGCAAAGGCAACAACCUCCACAAUAAAAACAAAUUCUGGCUUGUCACUGAGUUGCAACUUGA